CAGGCGAAACCGGAAGUGGCGGACUCAUCGUUGGCUCAUCAAAACAAAAACAUCUGCGGGACUUUCAGCGCGUUUCUGCUCUCAGCGUUUAUGAAACGUGACGCAGAUAUUUGGGACAUUUUAACAGUCAGCUGACCGACAUGGAGACGUAGCGCGCGCUCAGCUCAGCGGCUAGCUCUGAUAGCGUUAGCAUUAGCUUAGCCGUUAGCUCCGUUAGCUCCAUGGCGUCCUCCGCGGGGCUCCCCCCGCUCGGCCCGGACCGUGCCGCCUCAUCCGCCGGCCCUCACCUCGGCGGGAGGCCGCCUCUCCGCCCCCACCACCCGCACCCCGCGCCUUCCGGCCCGGGCUGCGUGAUGGUGGAGUCGGUGGACGACGCGGAGGGGCUGUACGUGGCGGUGGAGCGGUGCCCCCUGUGCAGCACCUCCCGCCGCAGGCUCACCUGCGCCCGGUGCGUCCAGGCCGGGGACUUCGUGUACUUCGACGGCAGGAACACCGAGAGAUUUAUUGAGAAGUUGGAGCGACUGAAGAAGCUCAGAGAGGAAAAGGAGCAGCUGCAGCACAAAGUCAUCCGGGACAUGGACAGGAAGCUGCAGGCGGACGAGAUGAAAUGGAAGAUCAUGUCGUGUAAGAUGAAAAUCGAGCAGCUGAAGGAGGCGGUCGCCGGGGGCAACGAGGAGGUGAAGAGCGAUAAAGACCUGCUCCUGCGCUCCCAGGAGGAGAGCCAGCGGCUGCAGCGCCGGGCCGGGCGCCACCAGGAGAAACGGGACAAGAUCGAGCGCCACAACCGCCGUCUGGGCGAGCUGCUGGAGAGACGCAGCCGCGAGCUGCAGAGCCGGCUGAGCCAGCUGGCGGCGCUGAGACGGGAACACAUCCUGGAGCUCACCACGCACAUCUUCCCCACGCAGGAGGAGAAGCAGGGCAGCAGAGACCCUGCUGAUGUGGUGGCGGAGUGCGACCCAGCGCUGACCUCCAGCACGGUGAGCGAGCUGGCCGAGGCACGGAGGACCACCUACCUGUCGGGACGCUGGAUCUGGGACGACCAGAACGGAGAGACCAGCAUCAGUAUCACGGGGCCCCCCGUCACCCUGCCCAGCAACGGGGACUGCUCCGCCUACUACAGCUGGGUGGAGGAGAAGAGCACCAAUCAGGGCCCAGAGUUGGACCACAUCAACCCGGCCCACACCAUCAGCGCCGCUCUCUGCUACGCUACGCAGCUCGUCACCAUCCUGUCCCACAUCCUGGACAUCAACCUGCCCAAGAAGCUCUGCAACAGUGAGUUCUGUGGAGAAAAUCUGAGCAGAUAUCGAUUCACCAGAGCGCUGAGCAAACUCAACACCAACGUCCUGCACCUCUGCUUCUCCCAGCAUGUGGACAGUGAGAAGCUCCACCCUCAUCACACUCUGAGGAACAUCAUGUUUCUGGUUGCCCCCGACAACGACAACCUGGGCAGGACGGGACCGUUCGAGGUGAGCGCUGACCUGGAGGAGUCGAUGGAGUUUGUGGAGCCGGAGGCGGCGGGGCCGGCGGAGGAGAGCGGGGACGAGGCGGUGACAGACGAGGAGACAGACCUGGGGACGGACUGGGAGACGGUGCCCAGUCCACGAUUCUGUGACAUCCCCUCACAGUCCAUGGAUCUUUCCCAGAGUGCACUGCAGGUGUCUCAGCCGUCAGCGAACACAGGGGGGAUGAUCUCGUCGGCGGCGGCGUCCGUCACUUCCUGGUUCCGGGCGUACACCGGACAGCGCUGAUCUGAUCUGAGGUCUGCUCGCCACAAAGGGAAAAUUUCUGCUCUUAUCUCUUUUCACUUUUCUUCUUUGUUGGUUUUUAUUUGUCUGUUUGACGACAGACAUUUGUUACCACGGUGAUGAUGCCGCUUACAUAACCGCAGACUGAACGAGACGCCGCGUUCACAGGGGACAUCGGGUCUGACACCAGAACUGAAUCUGGUUUUGGUCCGUUUGAAGGAAGCGACUCUGUUUUCUUUCUGUUUUUGAAGCCUCGCGAGGAUCGAACGCCGACACCCGAUGACAGCGGGCGAAGUGUCACGUCGACACCAGAACUCGUUGGCUCUUCUUCGUUGGUACUUCUGUUGAAGGAAGAAC